AUGGUAGUGUUCCGACACAGCACAGGAAACACCAAGGACCUGAAGCUGUGUGGGACUUGUGCUGGAAAUUUGAAUAAACAGCAAAGCUGGAAGGAGCGAGACGAGUGUGAAUGUCCCGUCUCCAGUGACUACCUGCCCUCGAAUCUGGUGCUGAGACACAAUUUAGUAAAGGAGCGUCAAGUAAGAGCAGUGACCGCAUCACAAAGUGAAUGUCCAGACCACAAGCAAAAACAGCAGUUUUUCUUCCUGGACGACAAGCAGCUGGUGUGUUUGCAGUGCGUGGCUGAGGGCCAUCAAAAUCACGACUCCUGCUCCAUCAUCAAAGCUGCCAAGGAUUGCAAAGAGGAGCUGAGCACUUCCCAGAAGCAUGCAGAUAAGUUACUGGAUACAUUCAAGAAUUUUAAAACCACCUGCGAGAAGAUUGUCAAGCACAUCCAACAGACAGAGGAGGAGAUAAAGGAGGAAUUUGAGAGGCUUCAGUUCCUCAGACAUGAGGAGGAGAUCAGGAUAACUGCACUGAGAGAGGAAGAGAAGGAGAAGGGCCAGAGGAUGAAGGAGAAGAUUGCACAGGCUGAAGAAGAGUGUAAUGUACUGGUCCAGCUGAUACAGGAAAUAGAAGCCAAAAUGGAGGCUGAAGAUGUCAUGUUUUUACAGGUAGGCUGUUAUUGUGUUUUAUUGUGUUCUUUUAAACGGUUUCAGAAUGAAAUUCUAAUCUACAAUUCCUUCUCUCUAGACCUAUCCAGAUCUAAGUACACAGUUCCAGAUCCAGCGGUGGGUCCUGGAGUGUGCGAGAAGGUGAGGGACAUCUGUCCUUAUUAUCCUGUAACUUUGGACCCAAACAUCACAAGUAGAACCAUAAGCAUCUCUCCAGAUCCAAGCAGUCUCAUGGGACAAGGCACAACUCAAGACCUCCCCAACACCCCUGAGAGGUUUAGCAUUUACCCCAUUGUCCUGGGCUCUGAGGGCUUCGACUCUGGCAUGCACAGUUGGCUAAUAGAGGUCAAGCAGUGUGUAGAGUGGAUUAUUGUGGUAUCAAAGGGAUCUGUAAAGAGAAAAAAAAAUCUCAAAAGCAUCUCCUGCUGAAAGUAUGUGCUCUAUAGGUCUUCACAAUGGUAAAUACUCUUGGAACAAUCGGAUUCCCGCC